AUGAAAGCUGACAAGACAUCUUGGCACUACUUUCCUCCAGAGGUUCGACUUCUGAUCCUACAAGUCUUAAUGAAGGACGGCUGCAGCCUGGCUGGCCUAGCUACAGUGUCGCGAGAGUGGCAGCGUAUCAUUGAGCGGCACAACUUCGCCCGAAUCACCCUGACACCGUCACGCCUCGCCGAUUUUGGUUCGAUUAUUCACCGUAAUCGGGCUCUCGUAGGCUAUAUAUGGCUUUGCUUGGAACUCCAAGAAUAUGGGUGCGACGAGUGUGCGUCUGGAGAGACAGAGGCGUGGUGCUUCAAGGAGACAGAGAAUAUCCUUAUUGUCACGGCAUUCCAGGAUCUGUUCUCAACUCUCACCACAUGGGAACCACGAGGCAACUUGCUACUCGAUAUCAGCGUUUACUCGCCCAGCGACUCCGAGCAUUUCUUCAAAUAUCUGACAUUUGGGCCUGAUCUUCCUUCCCACGAGUGCGGCCGGGAUCGAUCCACAGAGCUGUCGAUAUUGGCCAAAGUUGACGACCGCCAGCACGGUUGGAAUGCUGGCCUUCAAUGUGUCGCUCCGGACAGAACAGCUUUUCCCAAAGUCUUCGGGGAAAUCAUGGGCGAAGGGCCGUUCGAUGAUGAGGAGUCCGAAAACCAAUGUUGGCAGUCGCUGCCAUUAAUCCCGGUGGUAACAGGUGUGCUUCUACGUCAACAGAACCGCCGACGAUGGAAGCCGGUCGCGCUGUCGCAUAUAUUUGCCCGUCUUCCAAGACUCCAGGAGAUCCACUACGAGCCUUGGAGGGAAUGGGACCAUCCGCAGCGGUUCACAGAUGGAGAUUACCAAACGCUUCUCAAUUCGCUCGCUUCUGGCCAGCUACGAAAACUCGUACUCUUCGAGGAUUUCAAUGAACAGUACCCGGAUUGUUUUAGAAAAUACCUUUUUCUACAAAUAUCAAGUACCGAGAGUAUUCGAACCCCGAGCUUUAAUCUCAGUCGAACCGUCGCCAACACUAGUCUCAAGCUUGAGCACCUCUCAGCGUCGUUCAUGGUGGAUGCCGAAUAUUUCUUCUAUGCUCGUGAACCUUCUUGGGAGUGGCCCAACCUGACUUCGCUUGCGCUGACUUCAAAGCUGCUCGCGCCCAAGGAGAACCCGGAGAACAUUGACAACAUGCUCCAGGAAGCGGCAGCAGCGGCCAUGAAAAUGCCAAAUCUUGAAACAAUGGAGAUAUGGAACGGACGAAAGGGAUUGGCGAUGCUCUUCAGGUACCAACAGCCAAUGGAGAGCUGGCAGCCAUCUGUGAUAACCUUGAGAGGAACAUGGGAAUUCGCUAUGCAGGCUUCUACGAUUCGGGCUUGGCAAUCCGUCGCAAUUAAACACCAUGGCUGCGGGUCCGUUAUUGUCAAGGAAUUUCUGGAUUUUGGUGUUAUCCAGUCCCAUGGUGAUGCAAUCCACCAUUUGAAGCUCUCGAGCACAGUAAUUCGGCCAGUUUCGUUACGACAGAUUCGGAUGGAGCACAGAAUUCGUGUGGGGGAGGUUGACUGGUAG